AAAAAAAUACAAGUUUCCGUUUUCUCCUGUCCAAAUUCUGGUGGCCAUGGGAUCCCAUGUCAGUGUCAGCACAUCUCCUCCACCUGCUGCCGCCCAGCAACCAGUGAAGCAGUCAGCAGUGUUAUCACAAUACAAGAAUAAUUCACAUCCGGUGGUUGAUUUGGCCUUAAGGGUGUUUCUAUUCAUAACAUCAGUGGUUGCAAUCAUUGUUAUGCUAAUUUCUAAACAAACCAAACUGAUUCAAGUUACCCCAGGCCACGCAAUACUAUUGACUGGAAAAUUCAGUUAUAUCCCAUCAUUCAUAUACUUGAUUACAGCACUCUCGGUGGUUUGCUUGUACAGCAUUAUCACUGGGGCACUAUCGGUUUUGGCACUUAUGAAGCCGGGAGGAAUCUCCACAAAAUUGCAGUUUCAUUUUGUGAUGUUUGAUGCUUUGCUAUUGGGUAUUAUGGCUUCAGCAACAGGAGCAGCAACAGGAGUCGCAUACACUGGAAUUAAAGGAAAUUCUCAUACCGGAUGGAACAAGAUGUGUACUACGUAUGAUUCAUUCUGCUUCCGUGCUGCAGCGUCUAUUCUUCUAUCGCUCAUAUCCUCCAUAACAAUUCUACUACUGGUUCUGUUCUCCACUCACAUGCUUUACAAGAAGACCACAAGGCGAUAGUUCAAUCAACACUUCAGAUGUUCACUUCUACAAGUUUCUGUCAUAAAAAUACUGUGUAUUUGUAUUUCUCAUUGUGCCCAUUUUGUUAAGGAAUAUCACAAAAAAUUGCUUUUGAUAACUCUGUCAUACAAAAGCCUUAGUCAAUGUCAUUCUAAGAGAA